AUGGGCAUCGUGUCGUGCCUGAGCAUGAACGCGCACAGAGUUUAUCAGAAGCUGCUGGACGGCACCAGUGGCAUCUCCGCUAUAGAGGGAUUCGAUGCCUCUGAGUUCCCCACACGCAUUGCGGGCGAGAUCAAGGAGUUCAAGGACAAGGGGUACGAGGGGUUCAACACGAAGUGCGGCGUGCUCAUUGGCUCCGCCAUGGGCGGCAUGCAGGUGAGUGAGCUGGGCGGCAUGCAGGUGAGAGAGCUGGGCGGCAUGCAGGUGAGUGAGCUGGGCGGCAUGCAGGUGAGUGAGCUGGGCGGCAUGCAGGUGAGUGAGCUGGGCGGCAUGCAGGUGAGUGAGCUGGGCGGCAUGCAGGUGAGUGAGCUUGGCGGCAUGCAGGUGAGUGAGCUGGGCGGCAUGCAGGUGAGUGAGCUGGGCGGCAUGCAGGUGAGUGAGCUGGGCGGCAUGCAGGUGAGUGAGCUGGGCGGCAUGCAGGUGAGUGAGCUGGGCGGCAUGCAGGUGUUCAACGAUGCAGCGGGGGCGAUCAAGGUGUUGUACCACCGCAUGAACCUCUUCGUGUGCCCCCUCUCCCCUCCCUCCACACCCCCUCCCUUCCCUUUAACUAUCUGUCAUCCUCCCCGUCUCAUCUUCCCCUCUUCUGCCUCCCCCUUCAACUGUCCCCUCUCUCCAACUGCCCCCUCCUCCCUCCUCCCCCGCCCCUCAGGUGUUCAACGACGCGCCCCUCAGGUCAACGACGCGGUGGAGGCGCUCAAGGUGUCGUACCGCCGCAUGAACCCCUUCUCACCAUCACCCCCCGCUGCCUCCCCCCCCUUCAAUUCUCCCCUCUCUCCAACUGCCCCCUCCUCCCUCCUCCCCCGCCCCUCAGGUGUUCAACGACGCGGUGGAGGCGCUCAAGGUGUCGUACCGCCGCAUGAACCCCUUCUCACCAUCACCCCCCGCUGCCUCCCCCUUCAAUUCUCCCCUCUCUCCAACUGCCCCUCCUCCCUCCUCCCCCGCCCCUCAGGUGUUCAACGACGCGGUGGAGGCGCUCAAGGUGUCGUGUUCAACGACGCGGUGGAGGCGCUCAAGGUGUCGUACCGCCGCAUGAACCCCUUCUGCAUACCCUUCGUCACCACCAACAUGGGCGGCGCCAUGCUCGCCAUGGACCUGGGCUGGAUGGGUCCCAACUACAGCAUCUCCACUGCCUGCGCCACUGCCAACUACUGCAUUCUCGCUGCCGCCCAGCACAUUCAGAGAGGCGACGCGGACGUCAUGCUGUCAGGAGGAUCCGACGCCCCCGUCUUGCCUCUCGGGUUGGGUGGAUUCGUGGCCUGCAAGGCACUCUCUAAACGCAACGACGAGCCUGAGAGGGCCUCCCGCCCCUGGGACAAGAAUCGUGAUGGCUUUGUGAUGGGCGAGGGAGCGGGUGUGUUGGUGCUGGAGGAGCUGGAGCACGCCAAGGCCCGAGGCGCCACCAUCUACGCCGAGUUUCUGGGCGGCAGUGUGUCAUGCGAUGCGUAUCAUAUGACCGACCCACACCCUCAAGGCAAGGGCGUGCUGAUGUGCAUUGAGCAGGCGCUGGCGUCAUCAGGAGUGCCUCGCGAAUACGUGAAUUACGUGAACGCCCACGCCACCAGCACUCUGGCUGGCGACGUGCAAGAGUAUAAGGCUCUCGUGGCUGCUUUUGGGAACAACCCCGUACUGAAGAUGAACGCCACCAAGUCCAUGAUCGGCCAUCUGCUGGGCGCUGCAGGAGGGGUAGAGGCCAUUGCGACUGUUGGGGCCAUUCACACAGGCUACCUCCACCCCAACCUCAACCUGGAAAACCUCGAGGAUGGACUGGAUGAGCGCUACUUUGUGCGUGACACUAAGGAACGCCUGGAUGUGAAUGUGGGGCUAUCCAACUCGUUUGGUUUUGGCGGCCACAAUUCGUCCAUCCUCUUUGCGCCUCUCAACACGCACCUAGGAACGUCGCGAAUCGCGAUGCAGAUCGUGAACGGAUCGUUGCCGCGGGUGAAGCGGCGGAGCAAGCCCGCGAGCCCCACGGAGCGGUUAUGGACCUUGAUGGUCAUCUGCGGGACCAUGCUUUUCUUCGUCUUCCUCCUCAUCCUCUCAGGCACGUCGCCGAAGAGUGAGCAGACGGCACCUGUGCUGGAGGUGGGGACAGCACCGGACAGUGUACGUCAGCACAUAGCCGAUUCAGACACCCAGAGUACCAAUAGUGGAGGCCAAAGUGGGAACGAGCAGGCGUCUGCUUCUGGCAGGAAGCUCCAGAUUUUUUCAGGCGCCAUGGCGAGCAUGCUGAGCAGUGACGAGCCAUUUACGCUGUUCGCGCCCUCAGACGAGUUCCUAUUGGACAUCAGCACUUCAUUUCACAAGUACCCCAGAACAAAGGAAAUGAUCGACCCCAUGUUGAGUCGGUUAGUCGGCUACUCAGCAGUGCCGCGCCGCAUCCCUGCAGCCGACGUGCCGCUGGGGGCGUUUGAGCGGUUGGAGUCGAUAACAGGGUUUAUCAUCAACGUAGGGAGGGACCCGCGCACUGGAAGGAUCUUUGCUAAUGGCGUGCCGAGCAAGCAGGUGGACAUUCUGGAGGGACAGCUGGUGGUGCAUCUGAUAGACGGCAUGCUGGGGCCGCUCGACUUUGUGGAGUCCGUGAGAAGCAUGGACCCGGACGAUAAUACAACAGGGGCGGAGGGAGCAGGAGGAGCAGGCGGGGGAGGGACUGGGGGGGGAAGUGGGGGGAAUGGGGAGGGUGGGGGUGCGACCGGGAAUGCCGCGGCUGGAGGUGGGUUUCAGUGGUUUGGGUUUGGGAAGGGAGGCGCAGCUUCCAAGAAGGAGCCAGAGGAGGACCCUGUGGAUAAUCUGCCUGUGCUGCGGCCCGAAGUGAUUGCUCUGGAGCAGGUGCGCGAGGAGGAGAAGGCAAAGCCGGGAGUGGAAGUGGACUUCAGGGGAGCACACAAGGGAGCAUCUGUGAUCGAGGUGCCUCCACCUGUGGACCCCACCAAGCUCCCGUGUCUGGGCCGGGGCAUUCUGCAGGCAGACAGCAAGUGCCUGUGCGCUGUGCUCUACGGGGGCGAUAACUGUGAGGAAACGCGCAACACGGACAAGCUGACAGUCGACCCUUACGUGGGAAGCUACCUGCUCACAGCACAGGCCGUCAUGCCACCACCGCCGCCAGCAGCAGGAGAGGAGGGGGGCAGCGGAGGGGGAGGGGCAGGGUCUGCAACACGAUCAGCCAUGCUGCUGGAAGGGCUGUCCAUUGAAGAGAGGAAGCAGCUGAGGGCUGUGCUACCCUUGACCGACAUUUAUCAGACGACUGUGUGGGAGACGUGUGCAGUGGUGGGUAACUCGGGUGCGGUGCUGCUGAGGGAGGACGGGGAGGAGAUUGACAAGCAUGACAUGGUUAUGCGCUUUAACACAGCGCCCACUAAGGGGUACGAGAAGCAGGUGGGGAAGAAAACCACGCUGCGCCUGAGCAUACCGGACAAGGCAGGGUUCAGGGAGGGCAACGAGACGGUGGUAUACCACCUGUACCUGAGGGGAGUGAAGGACGAGCUGCAGCAUCUGCUUAACUUCAAGCGGGUCUUCAGAGAGGGGCCGCUCUAUGUGCUGGACCUGGGGUUUGAAUCGCAGGUAUUCAACACAUUUGGCGCCUUCACAUCAGUGGGAUUCGUGGGGAUCCAAUUCGCCUUGCAGAAGUGCCACCACAUAGACCUGUACGGCCUAUUCCUAAGCGAGAGGCACGGCGUAAGGCACCACUACUACAACCGCGACGAGCACAUGCCGGCACACGUGACAAGCGAGCAGCUCGACCGGGAGUUCGUUCAAAGCAUUGAGAUUGCCGAUGCUGAGCUUAUGUGGAUCGCUGACCCGUGUCUCUAUGACUGUCGGAGGUCCGUCCAGCGAUGCAGCAUGUGCAUGAGAAUCUCAGUGGACGAGCUCAGCCAGAGAACAGAGUGGACGAGCCAGCAGCUGGCCUUGAAUUCCCGCAGGGAGCAGCGGUGGCGGGAGUUUCUCAAGUGGCAACUGGUGGUGCGGGAGGAGCUGAAGAAGAGCGUGCGGCUGCAGUUCCAGAUGCAGGCAGAGCAGCGCCGCAUGCGCUCCUCCUCUGGGUCCCGCAUCGAUGGUACUACCGUGGGAGAUGGAAAGAGCGGCAAGGGGAGAGGGGGAUUGGAAGCAGCAGGGGCAGGAGGGGGACGAGGAGCGGGAGGAAAAGUGGGGGAGAGAGGAGUGGGGGGAGGGAGUGGAGGUGGAGGGGGGGCAAGAGGGGGGUAUUUGCCUGGGGAGAGUGAGGAUGAGUAUGAUAGCAUUGACUGGGAGCGGGUGGUGGUGGAGGAUAUGCUCGAUAAGCUAUCGAUGCACGAGCACCCGGGGCAGCACGUGGGGCUGCACACGUGGCCGUCAGCAGUGGUCCUGGCGGAAUACCUGUGGCAGCAGCUGGAGCUGAUUAAGGGGAAGCGCGUUAUAGAGCUAGGGGCGGGAACAGGCCUGUGUGGGAUUCUCUGUGCCAAGAUUGGCGCGCACGUAACCCUCACAGACGCCCACUCUCAGACUCAGGCCUGUGUGGGCUCCUCUGUGCCAAGCUUGGCGCGCACACUCAGAUCAGCUGCUUCUUCUAAACACUCCUUCCUGUUUCUCGUCUACACCCCAAUCCCCUUCCGAUUUCCUCUCCCAUCUGUUGCAUUUCCUCUCGUUGUCUCAGAUUUGUCCUCAACGCCUGGUGGGGGUGUGAGCGUGGUGCCACUCACUUGGGGCGACGUGUCUCACGAAGUUUUACAGCUGCCCCCUGCUGACGUCAUCAUAGGAGCAGACGUGCUCUAUGAUGCUUCAGGGAAGCAUGGGAGGAAGUUGCCUGGCUCGGUCUUCAUCACAGCCUAUCAAGCACGCAGCACGCAUGCCUCUCUGCAUCUCCUCAUGCAGCCAUGGGGGCUCACAUGUGUCCACAUGGUAUCAGCAGACGAUUUCAUGCCGUCCAAUAAGCUUGCGACACUUGGGGGAAGCGAGAUCUAUGUUGCUGUGAUUGCUUCAGUGGCUGAUUCGUUAUUACCAUCACACAUGAGCCUUCCCUGCACCAUCCUCGGUAUCGCCGCCAUGCUAUCCGGUGCUGAGUCAGCAGCGCUUCUUUCCGUGCUGGCAGAAGACAGGUCCUUCAAAUCCAACGCUGAUGCCUUUUCCCGCGCUUUUCCUCCCAUCCGCCGCUUCAUCACCCGCCUGCUGCGCCCUCUCCAUGCUCCUGGAGGAUGGAAUAGCGUUGAAGGGAACUCAGCGGCUCAUCUCGCUGUUCUUACUGGAUCACUCCUUUCACAACGAACCGUUAAAGGACCACCCCUUUGCACCCCUGCUGCUGGACGUGGCAUCAGAGGCAUCUCUGCCGGCCAUAGAGCGCUGUUUCGCGCUCAACCUGCUCUCACACUCUCUGGCGGAUGUUCCCAGCAAGUCAGCUCGGGACUAUGCGCAGCACUUCAAAACCGCCCAACCAG